AUGAGCUUCACAAAUCCCAUCAUACCGGGUUUCAACCCCGACCCUUCAAUUAUCCGAGUGGACCAGGAUUUCUUUUUGGUCACUUCAACCUUUGAAUACUUCCCAGGCAUUCCUAUUUACCACAGUCGCGAUUUAAUUCAAUGGAAACUGAUCGGUCACGUUUUGACAAGACCCAGCCAGCUUAAAAUAAGCACCCCUGAGCCUGGGGGUGGUGUAUGGGCGCCAACGUUGCGUUAUCACAAAGGAGUGUUCUACGUGGCAGCGGCCAAUUUUUCCCGCUAUCGACCCCAAGAAGAUGAUCGGGUCUGGCCCCUGGGCUUCUACGUGCGAACGGACAAUAUCUGGGACGACUCUACGUGGUCAGACCCUGUCUAUUUUGACCAGGUUGGAUUCGACCAGGAUCUUUUUUGGGACGACGAUGGCACAGUGUAUCUUUCGUCCACAUAUCGCAAGCUUGAACGUACUCCGAAUACCAACAUGAAGGAUUUUGCGGUGCACAUAUGCACCGUAGAUCUAGACACAGGCCAUUCUACAUCUGAGCCGAAGCUGAUUCGCGAGUCAACAUCCGGUGUGGCAGAGGGUUCCCACAUUUUCAAACAUGGUCUCUACUACUACCUGUUUACUGCCGAGGGGGGCACAGAGAGCGGACAUUGUGAAUGGGUGAGUCGAAGUUCCCAUGGACCGCUUGGACCUUGGGAGCUUGGGCCGAAUAAUCCACUUUGGCGGAACGGAGCGGAGGAUGAGGUGCAAAACACAGGCCAUGUUGAUCUAGUUGAAGAUACUCAGGGUCAGUGGUGGGCUGUCCUUCUUGGAGUUCGACCUGUCCAGCGCGGGGACAAAUGGGAGGAAUCCGUCUUAGGUCGUGAGACAUUCCUCGUGCCAUUGAAGUGGGAAAAUAACUGGCCAGUGAUUGAAGGGGGAAAUAUCGCUCUCCAAAUGACUGGGCCAGGACUCUAUCAUCAUAAAACCCCGGUCUCCUGGAAGGACGAGUUUUCGAGCCCUCAACUACAGUUAGGCUGGUAUAGAAAAAACACCCCAUUGGUGACCGACUACUCACUUACCGAACGCGUUAAUCACCUCAGACUAUAUGGUGGCCCCUAUAACCUGUGUGUUCCUGCUUGCCCCACGCUUUUCUUGCGCAAGCAAAUCCAUCGCUUUUGUACGUGGGAAACGAAACUGUCUUUCCAACCAGACUCGGAGUACACCGAGGCUGGCACAGUACUGUGGUGGAACUAUUUUGCAUAUAUCAGUCUGGGCAUUCGGAAGCGUGGUAAAAGUCGGAUUCUGCGGCUUCAGCAAUCUGGUGGGUCUCUCGUGGACAAUGUUCUAUCCUCGAUGUCAGAAGUGUCACUCGUGAUAGAAUGUGGCGAUCAAUAUCGGUUUGGAUAUCGUGAAUCAACGGAUCCUGAUGUGACUUGGGUUGGCACGGUCGACAACGUAGCGGCAGUCAAAUCCCCACCUUUAGGAGCAGCAUUUACAGGGAUGAUGCUUGGACUGUACGCAUUUGGCGAACGGCAAAGAUGCAUGACCCCUGCAGACUUUGCGUAUGCAGAGUUCCAUUAA